AUGAGCGAAGAGAAGAUAAGCAUCGACCAGUAUGGUAGAAGGCACUGGAAUGUUGAAGCUUAUGCAGAGGAGGCAAAAGAUAGAAAAUCCAAGGGGAAGCAUCGAUCUAGCCAUCUUUCUGGAGCCGCAGUGAUAAACGAUGAAAAAUCGUCCUCUUCCUACAUUAAACAUCGUGACACGCUUCUAAAGGAACUGCUUGGUGCUGUAAAAACGUAUAACUUAAUCAGUCCUGCUGCUUCAGCGACUACAGGGAGGAGAUUUGGGUUCUUUUGUCCAGUAUGUACUCUUUCUUUCAGAGACAACUUGGCACUUAUCGAUCAUUUCAACUCUCCACAACAUGUAGCAAAGGCUAAUGCUAUCAGCAGAGAAGCUGCAGCCAAGAACAAGAAGGAAGGUGUAGAACAAGAAGAAGAAAGUGUACUAGAAGGAGGGAUACGGAGAGCGACACUUAAUGAAGUGAUAGCAACUUUGGAGUCUUUGGUUCAAAAACACAUAAAAAAUAGAAAUUCAACUCCUGAAACGAUACAGUUCAGUGAUAGAGUCAAGAAAAGACAAGAAUUCGAAGAAAAGAUGCUAGAAACUCGACGUCGGAAAAGAGCAAAGAUGAAGUUGAAGAGCCAAAAGGCGGAAAAUCAACAAGAAGAAAGCAAUAUGGCUGCAAUGAUGGGGUUUUCUGACUUCGGCAGCGGCAAAAAAUGA